CAUCAUUACACUGUAUGUACGGCUUGUUAAGCUACCGGAGGAGCAGACACAGCAUCUGCAGUUGUGGUUUUAUGCCAGAGUGUUAAUGAUGAAAUCUCCUGUAAUGGCCUCAAUAAUUAAGACAAAGGCUAAAGGGAGAAGAACAAGUCAGGUAAGAAAGUUACGAUCGGAGUAAGUGUUUACAUGGACGCGUUUCGGAAUAACGAUCGGCAUAAACCACCCCUCUCGAUCGGAAUACAAUUUCUUUCCGAUUGAGCCGAAUUGGAUCAAAAUCUUCCGAUCGAUAUGUUUACAUGACACAUUUUUACUCCGAUCGGGCCUUUAUUCCGAUUAUUUGCGCACAUGUCAAUGCAGCUAGUGUUAGCUUUGAGACACACAAAGAGCUUCUCUGCUCAGUGCUGUCUGUUAUCUGUGAGGUCUGUUACUACCUCCAGUGUUGGCUCUGGUGGCGACUUGGCCUCACAUGCCUCCAGGACAGUCACACUGAUGGCAAGGUGUAACAAGGAGGUAAAAGUCCUGCCUUAAACUGGCAGUCAACAAGGGAGCUUUUGUAAUUUAAACUGUUUUGACUGACUGUCCUCUGUGAGGUCAGCAAGGACAUCAGGUGUAGUUUACUGAAUUACAAUAAGGAGUGUAAUUGGCUUUAGCACGAUGCUGCCAGUAUGUUGCAUAACAUCAAUAAGAUUACACAGCAGCUAAAGAAACAAACAGACUCUUUAUUUCUGCUUCUCACGCUUUCAGCUGAGUUAACAUCAGAAAUUAUUUAUGAUGGUAUAGUGUGGAACAAAUCAGGGCAAUCACCUUUACAAUCCUAGAAAAACAAGGCGGCAGAAACUUCCUGAUACGACCCUUGACCCCAGAGCAUGUUAAGGGGCCCUUACAGUUGAUUUGGUGUAAUAGGACUAAGGUCUGUGAGCAUCAGGCCACCAGUAAGCCCAUUACUGCUCGGUGUGUAUUGUGUUGGGUUUGGCUACAGUCUCGUCAGCCACUUACAUGUCCAAAGUUCAACUCGUGUCGAAGCUUGAUCUGCUUCCAUGAGUGUUUAUCCCUCAAGCUGCUUUGAUUUUCAACCACAAACACAAGAAGCAUGUUUGUUUCCCAGCAAUGAUGACAAAAAUCCAGUGACAUUCAGUUAUAAAAAUAUUUUAUUUUUGAGUCUCACAUUUGCUGAAACACCACAGCAUCAGUAAAUGGAUGAACACAGAGUGAUAAAGGAGGAAAAGGAUUUAAAAAAAAAAAACAGAUGAAAUCUUUGAACUGGGGAUAAACAUUGCAGAUUUAUCAGUCUUGAAGCUUCAUUCAUUUUUUUUGUUAUAUUUGUAUCCGUCCACUUGUCACAUGCAGUCUCUCAUUCUCCUUCCUCUUGCUCUCCUGCUCAGCUUCACACUCUUCCUCGUUGUUUUUUCUUUUUCCUUAACAGGCUCCAGACUGCAGGACAGGCUGAAACUCUCCAGCCAUGCAGAUUUCUUCUUGUUUCUGGCGGAUGGUGCGCUGUAUGGCAGGAGGCAGGCCGCGGGGGUUCCUGGAGAAGAUAAUGGCAUAGCCGUCCUCGCAGCUGCCGUCUUCCUUCAGGGUGCGGCAGGCGUAGGUGAUGGCGUAGUUGUCGUAAUCAGUGUCGAUUACCCAGUAGUUGUCACCUUGAUACACAAGAAAGAAAGACUCAGUUUGAACAGGGUUAGGGAAUGAGGAUGUAAGACAGAGUAAAGGGUGAAUUGGUGCACAGCUAACCUCCACUGGACAAGUAGGUGGCCAGGCCCUGGUAGUUCAUGAACAUCUUGCCAGGGGUGCCAGGGUCAGGGACUGUGUACUGGGCAGCCAUGUCAGCACACACAACCCAAAAGCUGCAGCAGGAUGAGCAAAAUUAGCAUCACAAGAGAGAAAUUUAUAUUUUUGAUGCAGAGUGGAGACAAAAGUUCAUGAGAAAGUUUGGGAUUCUCUGGCCAGAACAAAUCUUUGUCUAAGAUUGUGUUUCCUCUCUCUCCUCUAUUCUAGGCAAAUACGGUGGUCUUUAUGAAAUUAACUUUAUAUACAUUUUCUCUUAAAUCUAGAUGGAAGAGAACUGCAUGAGCAAUACUGAGGUUAAUUCAGGAAGCUGAUCGAUUAACACCAAAGUGAUUUCAGAUGCUGAUACAAAUGCGCUCAGAUAUAACUCUAUUUUCUCUUCUAUGUUUACAACACUAUAAAGAAAACUCUAACUUGACUAAACAAACAGAUACUUUCUGAUAAGUAAGACAGUAUUUAAGUAAAAACCAUGAUCCUGUUUCCUCAGAACACAAUCUUUUAAUUUUGUAAACCCGAAUUCAUUCAAUUAUAAGGUGCUGUAUUAGAAGCAUUCACUUUCAGAAUACACAAACAUUUCUGUAAACAAAGCAUAGGUACCUUUCUGACCAUGUCAUGAGGACUUAAAUCAGCUGAAGUUCUUACGUUUCUUUGUAAAGUGCACCUAAGACCACAUUCCUGUGUAAAAACCCACCUCUUCAACCCGCAUUUUCUCCUAAUCCCACAUAAUCCAGGGAAACUCAGUUUGACGCUAAUGCUGUUCAGAAUGUGCUUCCAGAAAAUUACACAUGUUCCUCACUUAAGUCUUCAGGUGGAUGCUGAGCAAGAUCCUGACAUCUUUCUUAACUGCUGACCAGAGCUUAUCCCUCGGGGUCUUAGUGUCAAGGAGGUCUUUGUGACCAGACUGGCCCUUUGCCCUAAUAAGAUGAUCAUCAUGAUCAUCAGCUGGUUUUACUUUCUUAAAAGUGAACUUUUUUUUACUGUUUUUUAGAAGUCUCUCUCCGUCAUUCUCACUCACCCAAACAGAGUGACCCGUCCUUUGGAGGAGGCGACCAUGGAGCCAUCAUCAUCGAUCGUGUAUUCAGCUGAGAUGUUGUCCUGCAGGAAGAGGCCUUCUGGAUCUUUCUUCUGUAGUGCGUACCAUUUUCCUACAUACUACCAAACCAGGGACAAAAAACAGACUUUAUAAACACACCUUUCUUUGGAACUUUUUACACAUAUAGGUAUACUGCUUUUAAUUUUCAAACUACUCACCCUUUUGGGUUCAAAGUCCUUUUUGACUGUGAAGCUAUCAACGACACAGGAGGCAGACAAACUGCGCUCGACGCAGGACAGAAUGACCAGCAGCAGGGCCAGUUUAUAGGCGCCCAUCCUAAAAUCAAAAUUCAAAAGUAUCAGCCCAAGACACAGAUUGUGAGGUUACCUCUGAUUAGUUAUAUGGAUUUAGGGCAACAACAUCCAAGAGGAAGUUGAACAUGGACUGAAAAACCUCUAUUAUGCUAUAAAUACAUGAACACCAUGUUGUGUUGUGCAGAGCCUAUAGUGUGUUAGACAACCACGGCAUCCUUAAGAAACCUUUUUCAGGGAUCAAAUAUCUAUUAUACAAAAUGCUACUUUGAUCAUCCUGCUCGUCUCUGCAAAAGUGAUAACAUUGAUGAAACAACAUUUACAGCUCUCACUCUGUUGAUUUGUUAAUAUGCACAAAAUCUCUGAGUGAGUAAUUUUGAGGUGAUUCAUAUGUCUUCAAAAAAGCGUAAAUUUGAGUGUCUUACCUGUUUGAGAUGAAAGAUGCAACAAUGAACGAAACUCAAGGACUUUUUCAAUGGUUAUCCACCAGAAUGAGUCCCGUGUCCGUGACAGCCUUUAUAUACACUUUCCACAGACAAGCUUACUGCUGAUUUUCAUUGCUUGGAACUAAAUAAGGUGCUUAAAUCUAGAGGUAAUCCUGUUGGGUUGAAAUCCUUACUGUAAUCUGGCUUGUAUGUUCAAAGCUACCCAAGUGUUACAAUAAAAACAAUUGGACCUUUAUGUAACUGAGUAGAAAUGCACAAGAACGUGCAAACAAAUAAAGUGAAUUAGAAAGCUUGAAAAACUCAUUUAAACCAUAAACUGAGCUUCGAAGGAAAAGGUCAAGUUUUUGAAAUGUAAUGAAACAACAAAACCUAUCACAGUGGUAGAGAGUCACAGAUGAAGGUUUGUACUUUUUCUCGCUGACGUCAUCUUGAGUGAACAAUGAGAAACCAAAAAAAGCUCAGAUGUAAUAAACUGAGCUCCUUGUUUUAGCCCGAUCAGGGAGCAGCAGCCUCUGCGGAUCAUGUCCCCUAAAUGUUUGGCUGCUGAAAAACAUACAGUAUGUUCAGUGUGCUGUCUGAGAUAAUAGGAUCAGUGUGUGCCUGUAAACAAACUUUUGCAAUAAAUCUGCACGAGUUUAACCAGGAUGUAAUUUUUUGUUGUUGUUUGUUUUUGAUGAAAAGAUUUAAGUUUGUUUCUUUGCUUUUGUGCUUUUAUUUUCGGAGUCAAACCAAAAGAAAAUGUUGUAAAUAAAAGCUCUUUCCAGCUGCACAUGUAGAAAAAAAUAAUAAAAAAGAUUUCCUGUCUGUGUGGGGUCAACAAAAAGAAAUACUUGAACAUUCUUGGCUUUCCACUUUGUAACAUGAAAAAAGUUCCCCGUAUAAUAUAAUAAUGCUAUAAUAAUGUUAUGUUAAUUUUAGGUACAGGCUUGAUUACUUGAUAGUAUAUUUAAAACUGCUGUUACUGCAAAAAAAAGUCAAAUCAGCAACCUGCUUAAUUUUGAAGGCAAAAGGAGAGAUGAGUUGAUUGACUCUAACUUUCUUCAUGAACCAAAAGACCAGAUCUCACCCACUCACUCUCUCUGCUGUGAAUGUAUGAACCCUUGUUUCCUGGAUUAACCCCAGUCACACGACUUCAUUUCCAACUUUUGCUUUUAAACACACUCAGGAGGUAUAAUUGAAUCAGUACUGACUCACCACUCACUGUUGGUAAACACGUCUCCAUGGUAAUGAUCCAGACAGACAAGCCAAUUAAGACCGAGAAUAGAAAUUAAAGACCUGCUCUCACUGGUCAGGGAACCGUCACUCCUUGAUGGACUCAUAGUACCUCUUAGGCCUGCUUGUGGUACCUCAGCUUUACAAGAAUAGUGCAGAAGACAGAGCCUGCUGUUAUCAGAGGCUUCUCUUUUGAGUUAAUCUAUUAUUUUGUGUCUGGGAGGCAGACACCUUGUUGGAGUAAAAAGUCCUUUCUGAUAAAGCUGAUAGUGUGAGCUGGAUUAGGCUUGUGCCAUCCUUAACAAGAGUUUAUGUAGUUUUACUUCCUCUCUUCUGUUGUAUGUUUUAAUUUGAAUUGAAUCUAUUGAGUCCGAUUAUUUGAUUUAUACCCAUAUAGUAAACUCAAAUCUGGACAGAUGUAGGAGUUAACUUGUGGUGCAAGAGUGUGAGUUUUAAGAUAUGUACCUACUGCCAUCUUGUGGUCACUGACAGCACAUGCAUCUGGUCAGUUAAGGUGUGGAUGGCGUUGACGUGGAACAACAGAUCUCCGGUUUCAAUAAAAAAUGGUCUUCAAGUGAAGUGGUGAGUUUUGUAUGAUAUUUCUACAGCCUUAAAGCGCAAAACUAAAUCUCCACUCAUGUCCUUUUCAUCCAAAUAGAGAACUCUUCCUAGUGCAAGUCAAAGCAGGUACCCCUAAGACGUAAACCUCUCUAUUCAUUUAAAACUUCACUGAUUGGUAACUGAAGACAGUUACAGAUAUAAUUAAGAUCACUAACUCACUAACAUUCACUUUUUAUAUAGGCCUACACUACAAUCACAUAUGGUAUAGUCCACUACCUUUGGUGAUCACCUAAUGUUUUCUGCCUCCUGACUCUUCUUCAUUGUGUUAUGAACAGUUAUCUGAUUAAUACAAGUUCUGCUUUAUUUCCAAUUAGCAUAUAUAAACAUGCUAAAAUGCUAAUCAGAGUCACUGUUUACUAUCUGACUAUUCAAUCCUCAGGACCUCCUUUUUGAGUUACACUACAAAUAAUAUUAAGAUGUGAAAAAAAUAUAUAUAUGUUUUUUGCCAUCAGCAUUGUUCAAAAAGAGCGUCCUGUGCUCAGUUUUUGUGGCUUUCCACAGGAGACGUGACAAGUUCACACACACAGACACACCCAUACUCCCUGGACUUGCUGUAAUCUAUUAUAGUGAAGGCAGAUUAUCUAUCUGACCUUUUGUUUAAGGUGUUUAUGAAACCUUAUAAUAGACAGGACCUCCCUGCUCUGAAUGAAAGGAUUAACUAUCUUUUCUCACUUUGGGUCUGUGUGUUAUUGUUGCUUUCGACCCUUUUCUCAUAAAAGUAGAACUGCGUGGUAUCAUAUAUCACUGUGAUGACUGCAUCAGGCUUCUUGGAAUAUUACUGAAAAUAGUUCAUAUAUAUACAAUGUUGGCAGUCACUGCUCUGCAAACUCAUUAAUGCAUUCACUAUAGUAGAGAAUUGGGGUUACUGAGAUUAUCAAUCAGUGUUCUAACUAAACAGAGUUUAUGCCAGAGGAGGUGAUGUUUACAAAAGGUAAAGAAAAAACCACACAGUUUACACAUAUCUGUACACUUUCACAGAGACUGGAUGUACUGAAGCACUCUGGAUCAUUUGGCUCACAGAUCCAUUACUACAUGAUCAGCUGACCAGUUUAGCAUGAGCAGAUCCCUGCUAACCUUCAGCUCUAUCUGCUGAUGACAGAAGGAUUGUUUAGGUUCAGCCCUCUGCCUCCUCCUCAGGGCUCACCCACACUUCACUCAUCCCACUAGCAAGGGGGAGAUUAUUAUUUGCCUGCCAUCACAUGUGUCUACUUCUGGUUUUCACUGUUUCCUUUUUUCUUUAGAGGAUAAACCAGGAUACCGGCUGCAGUGUGUGCUGUUUCUAUUAUCCUGUUUAUUUUGUUUUUAGGCUUUUGCUUUUGGAAAUCUCAAAGAGCUCAUUCACAGCAGAUCUGGACCAAUUGGGAGCUGCAUUUCUGAGCUUGAGGGAGAGACGACAGGGACACUUUUGGGGAAAGAGAGGAGGAAGGAAUCAUGGGUGUGCAAAAAGAAGAUGUGGAAAAGUUCCUGAAUGAGAACCCUGUAUUUGCUAAGGAGUACUUUGCCAAGACGAUGAGCUCUGCCUCAAUAUCUAAGGCAUCAGGGAAAAAGAUGGACUUCAGUCAGUAUCAGGAGCUCAGUCAGGUAAGAGAAUAAAUUCAUGACAUGUAAAUAAAAAGUAAUCACUAAGUAAAACCUUUGGGAAACUUAUGAAGUUUUUUGCUCUAACCAAAUCCUUAAAAUCUGACUAUUUUUUCCUUUUGAAGUAUGAGGAAAGCCAGAUCCUGUACGAUCUGAUCAAAGACAUGCAGGAAAACAUCAACAUGGAAAAGGUGAUCUUCAAAAUCCUAAAGAGAAUCAGCGCACUCAUCCACGCAGACCGAUGCAGCUUGUUCAUGUACCGACAGCGGAACGGCAUUGGAGAGCUCGCCACAAGACUCUUCAAUGUCAACACGGAGGCGCAGUUUGAUGACUGUGUGGUGCCGCCGGACUCUGAGAUCGUCUAUCCUCUGGACAUGGGAAUAGUCGGCCAUGUGGCGCUGACCAAGAAGAAUGUCAACGUGAAAGAUGUCACAGAGGUAAGGAGGAGAUCAUGUAGAACACGGUGAAGCUUUGAGCGUAUCUGAGCUGCUGUCUACUAUCUCCAACUUCUGCUAAGUUUUUAAAAUCAGCACUUUUUACUUUAGUUUUGUUUAUUACUCGUGUACAUCAACAAACAGGUAGUGUUACUUCUAAUAAAAGCUCCUGUGAGGAGCUUUUGGUUUGCAUCUGUUUUGGCGCCCCCUGUGGACAAAGUAAUGCUUGCUUAUUUUGCUCGCUAAAUUCUUGAGUACUGAUUUAUUUACAAAAGUUCUCAUUCUGCUGAGACAUAUUACAUGUGUAAUUUGCUUUUCAUGUUUUAUGUGGAAAUUUCAUCAGCUGUUCAUCUCACCCCUCACACCAGUCUUGUCAGUGAUGGUCUUGUUCGUUUUUGAGUGUCAUGGCGAGGCAUCAGUAUGAAUUUCAGUCCAUUUCAUGAAUGUAAAACACCCUCAUUGGAGCUUUAAGUAAAAUGUUAUCAGAUUGUACUUUAACCUGAGUAGAAUAUUUAAGUAAUCUGUCCAUCUCUGCCACGAGAAGAUGCCUUAACAUGAAAUUUCUCAAUCACACACUUAUAGUAUCUUUGUCUAAACACUGUGCAUAAUAGUGUUUCACUUUUCUCAUUAUUUACAUGUGACAAAGCCAAACUGUAUAUCAAGAGGAGGUCCAGACAUCUGGUUCACAAUGCAUUUUGAUUUAGAGUGAAGCAGUCACAGGAGAUAGUAGAUCUUUCACACUGUGGUAUAUUUUUGUCCAACUCAUUUAUUUAAUAUUAAUUUCACCAACCUCGUGAGUAAAAGAUUUCUAUAAGACUUCAUUUUACGCACGACAUUACUUACACUAAUGCAACGUCGGUAGCAAGCAUGUGCUCUGAUCAAAAACAAAGUGUAAAUCACUCCACCAGAUAUGCCUGCUAUUUCAAAGCUAUAAUUUCUUACUCUUUUAUGACUCUGUAUGUUAACUUGUGUCCAACGGGUCUCAGUUUCACUGUAAAAUGUAGAUUAGGCUCGGCAUUAGCUUACUUUAGUACUUUGUCCUUGAGAGAAGAAGAAAAACGUGUUUUUUGUUGAAAGAAAGUUGAAUUGGUUCUUUUUGAGGCAUUUAAAGGAGAAAAAAUUCUAUAUGCUGAUACCUCUUUUCCUCCAAACUGGACCCGGUGAUAGAUGGUUAAGGGUUAAUUCAAAAUAUCUGGCCUUCAUGACACGUAUGGAGCAUAUAGUCUCUCAAAAUGAAAUUUGACCUGGGACAGGUUGUUGACGGCACUUUCAUGCAGAUUUCAGUUUCUGGAGAUGAAUGAAUUCUCUGUACAGACAACUGGAGCCACGGUGUCUUCAGGGUGGAUUUGCCCACUUUACAGGUCAUCUUUUUUGCAUAAAGCAUAAUCUGCUAAUAUAAGUGAGUGGUAUUUAGAUUUCAAUCAAACAAGGACCAGACUCAUAUUGAAAUCCCGACACCUGUAUACAGAUUUUACAGAUGUUGAUCCAAACUCAAGAGGACAUGUGAAGAAACGUGCUGCUUGAUAUUCCUAACCCCCUUCAAUAAUCUCAGAGUAAUAGACCCAGGUCAAGGCUAAAAAUAACAUUUGCUGACAGAGAGUCAACUGUGUCUGAUUUGAGGAAUUUAGCAGUAAGGGUCGAAUUGAUACUAAAAUAUGCUCUCAGCUAGCUUUAACAUAUGUGCACAGAAAAGUAUAUAUCUAUAUCUAUAUAAAGUUUUCACAAUGGCUAUCGUUCAUCCUUUCUGGAGCUCUAUGUUUUCAUGAAUCACUCUCUGCUUAAACACUCGUCAGUGCUGAAGUGUAAGAGUAAGUCACAUGUAACUAUACUUGACCGAGUGAGAAUAUUAAUCCCCGUUCAGACAUAAUCCAUUUAUUUCCAGAUCCCAUCAGCCUCCGCUGUAACUGGGGAUUAGACGCCUCUGGCAUUUAGUCAGCAGUACUCUGACACAGAUCAAAACUAUGUUUGUGGUCACUGUGUGGAAACAGUGUUAGUGUUAUAGGAUACCUUUAAUCAGGUAUACAACAGGUUACACCAGCUUUAAAGAGACCAAAUCAGUUACAAUCAGGGAUUUUCUAACGUAGUUUUAUUGAGAUUGUUUUUUAUGACAGUUACAAUUCAGGGAAGUAGUUUCAGUUAUUUUUCAUGUAUUCAUAAAAUUUUAUUCUUUCAGCCACUUGCCAUCUUAGUUUUAAUUAUAAUAAUGCUUUUGGCUGCUUUAAUUCUAGGGUCUAUUUACCUUGUGAUAAAAUGACUGUGAACUUGAAUUAAAAAUGAAUAAACUCAAACUAAUCCUCAUCUGGCUCAGACAGAAGUUUAACCACUAUAGCACUGCAUCACAGUACCUCAUAUACAGUAUAUUACAUGAAGAAUAACUUUUACAGUUUUGAUGAAAGUCAGAACACGUUUAAAAGAUUAUUUUAUGUAUAUAGUUCAAGGAAUUUAUGAAUAAUGUUUGUGUGUAUACCACAAAAACAUGUAUUUUCUAUCCCCCAGAGCCAGCACUUCAGCUCAUUUGUGGAUGAACUCACAGAUUACAAAACCCGCAAUGUUCUGGCGGCUCCUAUUCUGAACGGCAAAGACAUGGUGGCUGUGAUCAUGGCUCUAAACAAGACCACAGGGCCUCAUUUCACCGCUGAGGAUGAAGAUGUGAGUUCAUCCUGCACAAGAAACUUUGCAAACAAUGACUUAAAGCUUCCGUCCGUGAUGUCUGACUGCCUUCUCUUUUCAGCUUUUUCUAAAGUUUUUGAAAAUCGCCACCCUGAAUUUGAAGAUUUACCACCUGAGCUACCUUCACAGCUGUGAGACUCGCAAAGGGCAGGUGAGGAAUCUUAAUCUGCGUGCUUUGAUUAAACUUCCAGAGUUUAGGUUUUCUUCUCAUUUAUGAAAUUAGCUGGAUUCAUUCUGCAUAUCGUAACAGCUGUAUGAUUUUGAUGUUUUCUAGCUGCUGCUUUGGUCUGCCAACAAGGUUUUUGAAGAGCUGACAGAUAUCGAGCGACAGUUUCACAAAGCCUUGUACACGGUCCGAGCUUACCUCAACUGUGACCGAUACUCUGUGGGUUUACUUGACAUGACAAAGGAGAAGGUAUUGUAGCUACAGCUUUUCUACUCACUGUUCUGUCUCCAUGAUGUGCCGAUCUUUUACACGUUUCUUUGUCUCUUUUCUGUUCAGGAGUUCUUCGAUAUCUGGCCGGUGCUGAUGGGAGAGCAGCCACCUUACUCUGGACCUGUCACACCUGAUGGCAGAGUACAUUUGUUAAUUUUAUUCAUCAAACACAAUCAACUCUCUGACUUGCAAAUGAUUCAUUACACUAAAUUUCAGCUCUCAUGAUGUCUGUUUGGGACACCUUUGGAGCAGUUUAGGAUGAAAAAAACACAUUUAUCUUCAUCCGGUGCCUCUUCUACAUCGUUUGACACACAAUCUCUUUAACUUUUUCUCAGGAGGUGAAUUUCUACAAAGUCAUUGAUUACAUAUUACAUGGAAAAGAAGACAUUAAAGUAAUACCGUGAGUAUUGAUUUCUUUUAGAACUAUUUGAACCAAUUCUCGGCUCGCAUCUGUUUUAAGGAGUCAUCCUUUCUCUGUUACACAGCAACCCGCCUGCAGAUCACUGGGCUUUGGUUAGCGGCCUGCCUACUUAUGUUGCUGAGAGCGGCUUUGUGAGUUUGUUUUCACUCCAUUUUUAAAACUAUUGUACUGGUUAGAAUAAAAAUGAAGACGUCUUUUACACACUUUUAAGUUUGCACUUGCAUUGUUUUGAUUCUGCUCUCCAGAUUUGCAACAUCAUGAAUGCAGCUGCAGAUGAGAUGUUCCAGUUUCAGGUAAAACACUCGGCUAAAAGAAAAUAAGAUACUUUAUACUUUGGAGAAACUCCAGAUUUUCAGCAAUGUUACUGUAGUGAUGCAUCAUAUUUUACUUACUUAUUUUUGCAGACUGAGCCACUCGACAGCAGCGGUUGGACAAUAAAAAACGUUCUCUGUUUGCCGAUUGUCAACAAAAAAGAGGAGAUUGUGGGUGUGGCCACUUUUUACAACAGAAAAGACGGGAAGCCUUUUGACGACCAGGACGAGCAGCUCAUGGAGGUGUAUUUCACAAGAACUACGUUUGAUAAUGAGCGCUAUGCUCCAUGAAUAGUGGUAGAGUGAUGAAAUACUUCAGUUCUUCUUGGUAUGACUUAGCACUUUAAUUUUGCCAGUCGUGACUCCUCUUUGCUUGAUAACACAGCUUGAAAUGUGCUGAUAACGGUUACCUGUUCCUUAGGCUUUAACUCAGUUCCUGGGCUGGUCUGUUUUGAACACAGACACUUAUGACAAGAUGAACAAGCUGGAGAAUCGCAAAGACAUCGCUCAAGACAUGGUGCUCUACCAUGUCAAAUGUCGGGAUGAUGAGAUUCAGAACAUCCUGGUUAGUGUGUUUUUUUUUUGUCAUUGGUUGCUUAAAUGUAAAUAUUGGAAAAACACGUUUAGAAAAGUUUCAGGAUUAUUUUGGUGAUCUCAUCUUUCUCAGAACACCAGAGAGGUUUAUGGCUGUGAGCCCAGAGAGUGUGAAGAGGAAGAGCUGCUCGGUAUCCUGGUAAUUCAGUAACUUGUCCAUAGUUAAUAGUUAUUUUACUGCUGUAUUACUCUGAAUACAAACUCCAUUUCUGAAUGGAUUCAUGGAAAAAAAUUUGGAGAUUGAUUCCUGUUUUCAAAGUUUGCAUAAAAAAAGAAAAAAGAAAACUUUGUGCAAAAGAAAGUGAGCUGUUGUCUUCAACAUCUUUAUUGAUAAAAUUGUGUUUUCAAUAAGAACAGUUAAUUGAGAUUGUAAUUACAUGUGUAAAUGAAGCACUUGUGAAAGUAAAUUUGCAAUUUAUCCAAUGGAAAUGGUCAUAAUAUUUUUUUAGGUAUUAGGUCAUUUGUCUUAGACUGAUAGCAGCUAUAAUGCCUCCACAGCGAUCUCCAAGGCUGCUAUGAGGGCUCUGGUAAUGAAGCCCCUUAUCUUCUCUUUAUUUCCCUUUUAGAAAAAAGACCUUCCUCCUCUGAUUAAGAAGUUUGAGAUCUACGAGUUCCAUUUUUCGGAUUUUAACUGCACAGAGAUGGAGCUGGUGAAGUGUGGGAUCCAGAUGUACUAUGAGGUUGGGGUGGUCAAGAAGUUCCAGGUCCCCCAGGAGGUGAUCUAGACCUAUCAGAGACACCUGAAUAGAGCAGUACUUUACAUAAAUUCAAUAGAAAAGAUCUAAUCUGUUGCCUCCUGUCAGGUGCUGGUGCGGUUCAUGUAUUCAGUCAGUAAGGGCUACAGAAGAAUCACCUACCACAAUUGGCGUCAUGGUUUUAAUGUGGGACAGACCAUGUUUACUCUCUUAACGGUAUUUUUUCUUUUCUUUUCUUCUUCUUUUUUUUUUUUUAUUCACAACAAUAUUUGCAAUAAAAGAGACUUUUGUUGUAACUUCUCUUAGACUGGAGUGUUAAAGAGGUACUACACUGACUUGGAGGUGAUGGCCAUGAUUACUGCUGGCUUUCUUCAUGAUAUCGAUCACAGAGGAACAAACAACUUGUACCAAGUCAAGUAAGUAGUGAUCUGUCUUUCUCUGAAGAAAUUCACACUUACACCCGACCCCUCACAUACCUUGCUAAAUCAGUGCACACUCCCUCACCAGUGUUUGAGGUUAAAGGUCCAGCUUUUUUUGUGAUUAGCCUAUGAAAAUGUUUUGUUGGCUUCCAUACAUGUAAGUAAGAAAUAAGUAAGUAAAUAACAUUUUUUUCUUCAUAUACCUCAAAAUCACAAAACAGAGGUUACCAUUUAAUAUGUUGCAAAAUUGUAACCAAGAUAAUGCACACCUGCUCUUAUCAGCUCUCACUGUCUUUACACCUUUAUAGUUUCUUUUUACCCACCAACAUAUGCUAAAUCAUUUCUGUCAUAGCUUAUAUUGCAGCAAUGUGGUGAAAGAACCACAAAUCAUGUUAUUGAAAUUUAAACAUUUGGAUUUUUGGGGAAUCAGUAAAAUGAUCAAAACACAGUAUCAAGAUAGUAUAAUGAGCAUAAAUGUCCUCAAAUGUACCUCAGGAAAACUCUUCUUUUUAAGCUUGCAAAGAUUGAGAUUCAGCUGUUGACACAACUUUGAUAACAAUAAAUCUGAUUUCAAUUAAUACUGUUUUUAGGCUGACCAAGAGAAAGUCAGUCCACCAAUCUUGGAAGCUCAGAGAGAGAAAAUUAGGAGAACUGUCUCAAAAUAAAACUUAAUAAAAUAUUCCCUCUCUGAUAUUUGUUAUGUCAGUGCUGCGACAUUGUGUUUAUAUCUGAGAAAUCUCAUUCACACAAACAGGUCUGGCAACCCUCUGGCCAAGCUCCACGGCUCCUCCAUUUUGGAACGACACCAUUUAGAGUUUGGAAAGUUUUUAUUGGCUGAUGAGGUGAGGAAAAGGAUGCCCAACUUUUACUUUAAAGAGAUUAUUCCUGAUCAAAUCCUUUACUGACACACUUUUCUCUCUACUUUGUCUCAUCUCCAGUCAUUGAACAUCUACCAGAACCUUAACAGGCGACAGAUCGAACAUGUGAUUCAUCUCACGGACAUCGCCAUCAUCGCCACUGACCUGGCUCUUUACUUCAAGUCAGCAAAACCCCUCAGUGACCCACUCUACUUAACUUAUCUGUUUGCCUUUCCUUUAUUUUCUUUUGAAGAGUAAAAAGUUAACCACUAAGGCUGAAAUAGUUCCUCUGUUCACACCUGACCAGGAAGAGAACCAUGUUCCAGAAGAUCGUUGACCUUUCACAAACAUACGAGGACGAGAAGAAGUGGGUCGACUUCAUGUCUCUAGAAACAACCAGGAAAGAAAUUGUCAUGUGAGUAAAACACGGACCAAAGGUUGUGCUUUGACUUUUUACGUCCUUUUCAUCCUCUUAUUCGUGACUGUUUCAGGGCUAUGAUGAUGACCGCCUGUGACCUGUCAGCCAUCACAAAGCCUUGGGAGGUACAGAGCAAGGUGAGACACACACUUUAAUCAGGGAGAGCCUCACUGAGAUUUACCAGCAUGUGAUGACCGUGUGUGUGUGUGUGUGUGUGUGUGUGUUAGGUUGCUUUGUCUGUAGCAGCAGAGUUUUGGGAGCAGGGUGACCUGGAGCGGACAGUGCUGGAGCAACAACCGAUUGUAAGUUUAUAUGUCAUAGUUUAGUAUGUACAGUCCAGUAUAUAUUCUUUAGUUUGUGUAAAAAUGUGUCGAUGCAGAAGUGCCUGAUAACUAGAUAAUAACAGGCUAAGCUUUAUGUGAUUUGGUGUGAGGCUGCACCUUUAAGUGUAUUUGCAGUUUUUUUCUGACAAACAGCCAAAGCCCUGACAUAAUUACUAAACAGCUACAGUUGAAAACCAGAAGUUUACAUACAUGUUAUAAAAAGGCACAUAACCCUUUUUUUCUAACAUUAAAUCUAACAUUAAAUCAGAUUAAACUUUUCCUGUUUUUGGUCAAUUGGGAUUACCAAAAUUAUUUUUAUUUGCUAAAUGCCAGAAUAAUGAGAGAGAGAAUUUUUUAGACAACAUACACUAAGAUGACUUUGCCUUUAAACAAUUUGGGAAAGUCCAGAUGGUGAUAUCAUGUCUUUGGAACGGCAGCUUUCAAAUACUAUUGUAAACUUUUAACUCUCAAGAAAAUAAUAAAAAAUUGUCUAAAAAAUGAUCUCUCUCAUUAUUCUGGCAUUUAACAAAUACAAAUAAUUUUGGAAAUCCUAAUGGACCAAAAACAGGAAAAGUUUAAUCUCCUUUCAUGUUAGACGGUGAGGAAAAAAAGGUAAUGUGCCUUUUUAUAUAGUGUAUGUAAACUUCUGGUUUCAACUGUAUAUAAAAUAAGUUUUCACACUAUCAAAGCCAGGAACAGAAAUAUUUGAUUUUUUUGUUAACAAGUGAUUAAAAAAACACCUGAGUUGUAGAAAAAAAGAUUUUCAACUUAAAAGGAAAAAAACACCAAAAUUGGUGCACAUUAUGCAGCAUUGUGCUCGGCUGUCACAGACAGCUGUUUUAAAAUGCUCUUUACACUGUGCUCUUCUCACAGCCCAUGAUGGACAGAAACAAGGCAGCAGAACUCCCAAAGCUUCAGUGUGGCUUUAUUGACUUUGUCUGCACAUUUGUUUACAAGGUAAUGUUUACAUUUGCUUCAUGAUAGAUGAAAUACACAGUAAAUAUAGUAAAUUUUGUUACAGUCACUGAAUAAUUGGAUGAUUUUAUUUCUAAAUAUCCUGCCCUAACUUUCUUGUCUCAUAUGCUUUAAAAUAAAAGCCAUACUCUCGAGUUUAUUUUCUUAUACUCCUUAAUUUUCAGGAAUUUUCUCGCUUCCAUCCACAAAUCCAGCCCAUGCUGGAUGGCAUAUUGAACAACAGGAAGGAGUGGAACGCCAAAAAAGAGGAGUAUGAGGCAAAACUCAAAGCCUUAGAGGAAGAGAAGGCUGCCAAAGGUAAAAUGAUACCCUGGAAAAUAGACACAGCUGUGCAGCUGCAGUGAUAUUUUCUCCUAUUGUUAAAUAUAUACAGAGGAAAACCCCUGCUUGUGUUGUUUGUUUUAUUCUUCCCCUAGGUCCUCCAAACAACCACGGUGGAGGAGGUUCAGGUUCCAAGACCUGUUCAUUGUGCUGAGAGACCACAGAACUCUGAAUAUGAUGUGACUGCACAUGGACCACCUAUGACAUGAUCUGAACACCACAACCAGCCCGUUUGACUGUUAGUUCACUGGGGAAACAAAAAUAAAAAACUGGCAUUUGUAAAUUAGCAUAUAGACCCUUUUAUAUUUCUGGAUUCAGUCAGAGAGGAGAACCUGAAGCAGGAGAGAACAGCACAGGGAGGGGGUGUUCAGUCAUAGAGGGACUUUAAUCAGGUGAGCUGAAAUAUACUGUCAAAUCAGGCCACCAGUUUGGAUCCAUGAGUUUUGAUGCAGUAUUAUUUUCCUUUUCUUUUUGAGGACUUAUUUUAAUUUCUCAUGGUACAAAUACAUAGUGUGAAUGUUGUUUGCUUUAGUUCCUUUAGAUACAAAGCAAAAAUACGAGGGUAAAACUUGUACAUAAAUCUGUAUAGUUGUUAAUACCUUUGUAAAGUAUGUAAUCUUUAAAAGCACACGAUGUACAGAAAAUUCUUUGCUAUUAUCACCAAAAGGGUAUUGAGAGAUGAUGGUGAGUCGUUUUAAACAUUCAGCACAACAUAUAUACUUAAUGAUGGAACUCAUACAUAUAAAACUCUGUAAAUAUAUAUAUAUAAUUCUUCAUUUCAUCUGUUAAUAACAUGUACACUACUUCCAGUCACUUACCAUGUAUAAAGUUUGAUUACCUUGAUUGCAAAGAGCUAAACAUAGAAAACAAGCUCAAGAGCAAUAGUUAAACAUACGCAUUUAUACGUGUGGAAAUCCAAACUUACGAGUCAUAAAAAUACCUGUAGUCACUUCCUCAUGAUGGUUCCACACUGUAAAUAUGUGUAAAAGAGUAGCUGAAAUGAAACAGUACAAGUAUAAAUGUACCAAUGUCUUAUUGAAUAAGAUCAUAAAGUACACACAAAUGCAAAUAUGGAGAAAAAUCAAACUCCAAAAUCAAGAUAAUUAAUUUUAAGAGUGAAGGUAGUGCAAUUUUUAUGCAGUGACCGGUUAAUCACUAAAUACAAAGGAAUUUCUUAUUCCUUCAAAUGCCUGAUUUUAUGAUAUUUUUAUUUUCAUAUGCUGCCCACUUGUAGUUUCAGAUGUUAAAGCAUGGCUGUGUAUUUAUAGGCAAAUCAUGUACUUAAAAUUGCUCCAAAAGCUCUCAGUGUUUCAAAGCUUGCCCCUGUCAUUUGUAAAAUGAUGAUACAAUAAAGCAAAUGUACUUUCAAGGAGGUGUUUGAUGCAUUAUUAGACUGCGAUGAUUAAAAUUGUUCAUGGGCGUAGAACUUUAGGCUGUUUCUUGGUGUUGGUAAUUCCCAUUCUUUACAAACAAAUCAAAAGCUCAAUAUGAAUAUUUUAAACAUUUUUGUGGGCCACCUGAAGCAACACUAAUAUAUCUAAACAUUACAGUCAUUAAGUGCCAAUGAUAUUGCUCUUAUAUGUACUAUAUAAUGCUACCAGACACAGAGUUCAUAGUUACACAAUUACAACACACGGUGUUGAGGGGAUGCUUCUGUCCACACUGCACUUUCUACGACUGGUCACUGACCCUAAUCCUGGGAUUGCUGCUAAACUAGGCUGGGAUUAAAACCAUGCUCUCCCCCAGGCUCAUCUCUUACUGAAGGACAGGUGCACAACAUACACACUGGGCACUUUCUCAAGUUUGUCAUCUUUGCAUUGAAUUAAAAUAAACCACAUUUUACCUUAAAUAUGUUUAGUCAAAAAAAAAAAAGACCUGGUAACAUUAGUGCAAAAUUAAACCCUGUUAUUGCAACACAAAUAAUAAG